CUCAAAAAGCUGCUCAUGAGCCGGCAAAGCCAAAGAGGAAGAGACCACAUCCUCCCAAGCUCAGCAGGCGCGGAGAACAAAAUAUUUCGGGACCGUUGGAGUUAUUUUCAGAUUUAUGAUGGGGACCUCAGGGAAAAGUGAGGAAAUAAUCAUCCUCAGUGAUGAAGAAGAUGAUAAAGACACUUCCUGCCUCAUUGUGGAAGUCGAAGCUGUGAAGAAGACCGUUGGUGUUUUACCUGUAAGCCCUCAGGAUGAAGACCUGGUGGUCACCUUCUCCCGUCGGCCAGACGUGCUUCCUCACGCCCGUUACGACUGCCCCAUACACCUUUUUAUGCCUACAGAUUGUGAGAGGACUGCUCCCAUGGCCAAUAAUCAACUUAUUUGUGAUCAGUGCUUCUGCUACGUCUGCGACAAGCUGGCGUCACUGUGUGAGAUGUGGUGCUGCAGUGGAGAGUGUCACUGCAACAGCCACAACAAAAGUGACUUCUGGAAUGGCGUUAGGAACACGGCUCUGCUAGGGGAUCUGCAGAGGUUCAAUCUCACCCUGUCAGAAGUCGACCAUCGUCUUCGUAAUGCAGACGCGAUGUUGCAAAGCUUCAGAGCCAAACUGUCGGCUCUGUUUUCCUGCAUUACGUUGGAUCAGGCGAUACUGCCAGAUUACAACAUGAACCAGCAGGACCUGAGCUCCAGAUAUGGACCUGUGGUUGAAUGUGUGACCCAGUUCCUGAAUAAAGCCGAUAAGCAGAACAGUCGGGCUGCGGCCAUCAUGCAUCUUGGAGCUGCUGAAGAGUUUAUGAGACAUUUUCAAGUGUUGGGGUUCAUGGGUUCAUCUUCAGCUGCUACAACCUCUGAGACUAUAAUAACAUUACUGCACAGAGUAAUAUCAUCAGUACAGAGACGUAUAGUAAUGGGUGACAUUACGCCAUUGUUUCUGCAAAAACUGCAAACAUUUUACCAGAACAGGAUAUGUUUCCCAGCUGACAUGAGGCAACUAAAAAACAGUCUGACCAUCCGGCCCUGGCAGGACGUCCUGCUAGUGUCGGUUCUGAAGGGGCAGAACGUGUCGGGCUUCCGGAAGGACAAGGGCAAGAAGGACGUCCUGCUAGAAACCAUUUCUGUGGUCCUGCUGAGAACUGAACUGCUCCAGCUUCAAUCCAGGUACAGAGAGUUGUGUCGGUACCUGCGAGUCGUCCUGACCGAUAACGUCACACUGUGAGUUUAACCCACGUCCUGCUGUAUAAAAAUAACAAGU